UAAAAAUAUACAUUACGACUUUCAUAGGGUUGUGGCAACAAUUUGUUCUAUGGAAAUCUUUGGUGUUCUGAAAUUGCUGGUAGGAGAAUGCAUUUCAGCCUCUGGGUAGGCAUGCAAUAGCGGUGUCUAUAUUUGGAGCAAAAUCUCCAGGCUUCUUUUGUCGCCUACCUCAUCGAUCAUUUCUUCAAUACCAAGUUAAGGUACAAGCAAGGGCCAACAUCUACUAUCAACCUUACGUUUGGCCUCAAAGUCCAUUCCGGUGGAAGAUAAACAAGGAAACAUCUUUCUUCUCGUAUAACAAGUGCAUGGAAGAAGCGAGAAAACGUACAUAUGAAGAGGCUAUGGAAUUGGAACCUCCAGCUUUCUCACACCUUCCAAACGAGUUGACCACUGAAAUCUUGGCUCGGGUUGCUUCCUCUUCUCAAAUUGAUUACUUCAAUACCAAAAUAUGCUGUAAAUUUUUUAAUAAGGUUGGUGAAGAUGACUAUGUUUAUCGGCAUAUGUCGCUAGGCAAAUUGAAGCAUAUUGCAUGGGAGAGACGGAAUGAAGCAAAAAUCUUUUAUAACACCUGCAAGAAAAGUGGACAUCCAGAAGUAUUGUAUGAAGAAGGAGUGAUGGAAUAUUUCAAUGUUAAGUCAAAAACAGCAAAUUCAGGACUAGAUCUUCUAAAAAGAGCUGCAAAUUUAGGACACCAAGGAGCUUCUUACAUAUUGGGGAUCAUCCUUAUUUGCAGUGGAGAAGAACGCAAGGGAAUAAAAUUGCUUUCCAGUAUUAAAACAAAAAGUGAAUUGAAAGAAUGCCGAAGCAAAUUAUGUGAAGUAUUAAGUACAAUGUGGAUUCACAAACGACGUAGAUUUGUUCUACAACCUGUCCUACUUUAUUGUCCGAUCCAACAUAUAACAAAGAAAAAUACAGGAUGGACAAGUGAAUGGUGCGAAGAAGAUGAACAUGAAAGUUGUAACAGAUGCAUAUGGAAUCAAGAAAUCAUUUACGUAUGCAAUCUGUAAUGUUUUGUCUUGCUAUAUUAAAGCAAUAGUAAGUUAGAAAGACUCCUAAUAUUUAGUAUAUUUUUAUAAAAUGUCAAAUAUUAUUUUUAUAUUUA